GAGGAUAGUGAACGGCUUGCUAUUCGCGUGGUUGAAUGGUUACAAAUUAAUCUUGAAGAUAUUGUUGAUAAUGUCCAGAAUCCAGAUGCUACGGCUGAUCGUCCAGCAGCGUCUGACUGCGGCUGCGGAGGAGAUCUUUGGAGUGUUUGAAAAAACCGUUGAGGAGUAUGAAGAAGAGAUAGAUCGCCAACGCAGGCUGCUGGUGGAUGUUUUUAAGAAUGGGAGCAACAAAACAGAUCCUCCAUAUCUGUUUGACUAUAAAGAGAAGGUUCCCUCUGAGCAGCAGGAGUGGACAGUCAUUCUGGGCCAGGAGGAGCUAGAACCGACACACAUUAAAGAAGAACUGGAAGAACUCUGGACCAGCCAGGAGGAAAAGCAGCUUCAAAGAAUAGAGGAGGUUGAUAACACCAAGUUACCAUUUCCUCCUGUCCUUGUGAAGAGGGAAAACGAUGAAGAGCGACCUCCCUCCUCAGAGCAUCAUCAAAGCCAAACUGAGAAGAACAAACAGGCAGAGCCUUCAGCUAGUACUUCAUCUGAACAGAUGAAAACAGAACCUGAUGGAGAGGACUUUGGACUGUCAGCACCAGCCAGUAAUCUAGAUCAGGAUGGUGAUUUAGAAUCAGUUAGUGAUGGUGGCCCUCUCCCUUCAGACUAUUGUGGAAGUGAGACUGAAGACAGUGAUGAUGACUGGAACAAAACUAGACAACCUCGGUCCGGUUUGGAUGCAAGCGACAAUGAAAUAGUUCAUCAGAGAUCUAUUAAGAAAAAACCUUUCACUUGCUCAGUAUGUGGUAAAGGGUUUACUCAAAGAGGACAUAUGCAGAGACACAUGAGAACACAUACAGGAGAAAAACCGUUUAGGUGCUCAGUCUGUGGUAAUGCAUUUUCUCAAAAAGGAGAUAUGCUGAGACAUAUGAGAAUACAUACAGGAGAGAAACCAUUCAGUUGCACAAUCUGCGGUAAAGAGUUUUCUCAAAGAGGACAAAUCCAACCACACAUGCGAACACAUACUGGAGAGAAACCCUUUAGUUGUUCAGUCUGUGGUAAAAGGUUUUGUGAAAGAGGACAUUUGCAGACACACAUGAGAACACAUACAGGAGAAAAACCUUUUACCUGCGCAGUCUGUGGUAAAGGGUUUUCUCAGAGAGGAAUUUUGCAGACACACAUGAGAAUACACACAGGAGAGAAACCAUUUAGUUGCUCAGUCUGUGGUAAAGGGUUUUCUCAAAAAAGAGUUAUGCAGACACACAUGAAAAUACAUACAAGAGAGAAAACCCCUGUGGGUUUCAAGACUGUGGUGAAUUGUUUUGGCAAAAGAACUGUCAGACAAAACACAUGACAUAUCACAGAGAAGAAAAUUGGAUUAAUUGGCUCAUCUUGUGGAAAAAAAACUUUGUUCACAUGCCAAUAUCAGAUCAUCAUUCAAAUUUGUGUACUUAGGACUAAUCAAAUGGUCAAGUUGGAACUCAGAAGUGGAUGUUGAAUGUCACCUUAUCAGAGAGAACAAUGAGAGAAGCCUACCAUGAAUUCAUUCAAUUUAUCAGUUACUGUACUUGACAAGACUUUUAUGAAACAUGAAUACAGUAAUUGACUAUCCACUGAAAUUGUGAUUAAGCGAAUGUUAUUUCUUGAAAUAAAUUAAAGGUACUAAAUUCUCAUUUAAUUAACCUAACCUGUACACAUCAAUCCAAUAGAAAUUAAUCAUAUUGCUUUGUUAGGCCCAGGAACCUUAACUCAUUAAUGUGGUGCCUACAUAUUUUUUGUUUUAAAAUAAAAUAAUUUGUUUCAUGAAAUUUGAUGGUACGGUGGCACAGUGGUUAGCGUGGUCACCUCACAGCAAAAACAGUCCUGGGUUCAAGCCCCAGGGUAGUCCAACCUCGGGGGUCGCCCUCUGUGGGGUUUGCAUGUUCUUCCCGUGUCUGUGGCUUUCCUCCGGGUGCUGCGGUUUCCUCCCACAGUCCAAAGACAUAUAGGUCAGGUGAUUCGGCUAUACUAAGAUUGUCCCUAGGUGUGAAUGUGUGUCGGCCCUGUGACCGACUGGCGGCCUGUCCAGGGUGUCUCCCCACCUGCUGCCGAAUGAAUGCUGAGAUAGGCUCCAGCAUCUCUGUGACCCUGAGUAGGAUAAACAGUUUGGAUAAUGGAAUGUUUCGUGAAAUGCAUUAAUAUGGGUAACAUUCUGAAUCAUUUUGAUAUUUUCACAAAACUUUUGUGUGGACAAAAUAAAGUUGUAUUCAAAUGAAUUAUGCUUAUACAAUCUAUUCACCUCACUUUAAAUUACUAUUUAUUAUGGUAAAGAAUUAUUUUCAUGACAUGGAAUUCAUAUUGUGAAUGGCAUUCAUUUUAUGGAAUAAAAAUGUAUUUCAUGGAUGCAGGAAAAACUAGAUAUAGAUUUAGAAGCAAUGGCAGAUUAAUAGUUGGCACAUCAAUGUGCCAUCUGUACCCUUACUGCAUUUUGUGUGGUGAAAUCCAUUUCCUGAAACACAUGGCAAGCAUUUCUUGGGAUGAAUGGGGAGGGGCCUACCAACAGCAUGUGGCCAUUCUCGCAAAAGUGGAUAUUGCCUUAAAAAUAUA